AUGGCCCUGUGCUCAGGGAUCCUGUGGGCUGGUGGUCCAAGCCACUGCGGUGUCCAAGCACAGCGCCGCAACCCCACAGUGCUCCGCAUGGUGCUGGAGGCCCUGCAAGCAGGGGAACAGCGACAAGGCACCUCAGUGGUGGCCAUCAAGCAGUACAUCCUGCAGAAAUACCCAACAGUGAGCAUCAUCCGGUUCAAGUACCUGCUGAAGCAGGCCCUGGCCAAGGGCCUCAACCGCGGCCUCCUCAUCCGGCCCCUCAACUCUAAGGCCAAGGGGGCUACUGGCAGCUUCAAAUUAGUUGCCAAGAAAAAAAGGGUAAACCAGCCCAGAAAGAUGUCCACCAGCAUGGCUACCAGGAAACCUGGUGAGGCCAAAGAGAAGGGCCCCAAGAACCCCAGCAAGGCAAAGAAGGACCCUCCCAACCUGGACAAGGUGAAAAAGGCACCCAAGAAGCCAAGUAAGGUGAAGAAGAUUCCCCUCAAGCCAGGUACAACCAAGGAGAAGGUCCCCAAGAAAGGAGACAAAGACAAGACCAAGGUGGCAAAACUGGAUGAGGCCAAGAAGGAAGCCCCCAAAGCAGAGAAAGCCACAAAGGCCCUUCCCAGUGCUGCUGGGCUCAGCAGGAAGUCAACUGUCAAAGGUAGCACCAGCAGCCAAGCAGAUGCUGAGGCCCCCAGGAAAACAAAAGCUGGGAAUAAGAGUUCCAAAGCCAAGGCUCCCAAGGGCAAGAAUAGUGCUGCUUUCCCAGCAACAAAGAAGACCACAGCCAAGGCCCCUAAAGGUGCAGCUGCCCAGGGGGCUGGGAAGGAGCCAAAAACCAAAGCAGCAGCUCCACCCAAGACCAAGGGCAGCAGUGGGUCCAAGACAGCCCCUGUGCACCUGGCCAGGAAGACAGAAGUCCCCAAGAGUCCAAGAAGGCCUGGGGUGCCAGCCAAGGCCUCAUUGUCUAAGGUGUCCAUUAAGAAGGCAAAAGCUGAGAGCUAG